UGCAUACUAUUAAGACAGGACAAUGGUUACUUUCUUGAAGGACAUAUUGGAACCUUCUCAGAGGGACAUCUUCAACCAGUUAACACAGACAGACAGAACUAUGGCUUUCUCCAUAAACACAGUGAAAGAUCGAGCAUUGCUGUCCUGCAAUAUCGGCCUCCCUUCCCAUCUCGUCCAACGUUGCCGCCAGUGGCCAGCCUACACCAAUUACACCUCUCUCAUUGUCAAGAAGCUAGCUGAAGAAGACAAGUUUAGAACUGCGAAGUGGUUGCCAGUGCCCCAGAUGAGUAGUGAAAAACAGCAAAGCCCUGAGAGUUGUGAGGAUGUCAUCCUACAGAAGAAGCACAGCGAUGGAUCUCAGGAAGCAGAAGCUACUGAACCAAGCUCAGCAUUUUCACAUAUGGGUACAACUUUGAAGGACUUGCCUGUCUGCCCCAGUGCCCUGGUGAUGCAGACCAGCUCAUUACCUCUGGGCCCCACAGCUACAAGCAAUUUAGUGAUUUUUUCCAGAAGAGCCCCUUUCCGUGUGUUGCCCAUGAAACUGCCAGAUAUAACUCCAAGCAGCAAAACCAAACCGUACCACUACAAGGAUAACACCAUGUGCAUUUCGAUGCUCCGUUCUACAUUAAAAUCCCUCAGCAAGUAAUGAGUAUAUCUGAACUCUUGUGUCUAGAAACUGGGCAGGAGUAUUAAAGUGAGUGACAUAUUUAGAGCAAAAGAAAACAGCGGACUGACAAGUGGGAAAUAAUAUGAAACUGGAUUCACAUGCCUGAGGUCUUUCACUCAGUCAUAAAGCUGGGUCAUAA